AUGCAUAUCGCCAUAAUCUCUAUGGUAUUGAUAUAAAUUUAUGCGUUUCAAGCCACUCUCAUUCAGCAAUACUCUAGAAUCCAUCCUUAAAACAUCAAAAAGAAAUCUCCUACAAGUUCUGAUAGAAUAUCCAAGUCAAUGGACAAAACGAAGCCAAGAGUGGAGAGACAAUAAAUUAGAUCGGAAACCAUUGAUGUAGUGAUGAGACCCACGGAUCCUAUUUUGGAGGAAGUCCAUUCUCAAAAAUAGAAAAUCAUAAAUUAGAGAGUCGUUGCUGUUAACACUUUCAAUCGAAUUCUCAACGUCGAUCGAGUUGGACAUCGAAUGCAGAGAGGAUAGCUUUUGAGAUAUUUGAGAGAAUUCUACAGUCAGAUCAUCGUCGAACAAAUAAAUAGAGUUCUUAAAGUGCCAGAUACAUUGACACUGUAGAUGUACGAAUAGCUUAUAACUUCUUUGUAACAAUUAGACAGAUAACAAUACUUGAACUUAUGUUUUUAGAUAUACGAUUUAUCAGGAUAAGGUGUAAUUACUAGUACAAACCUGCUGUCUCUUCUUUCAGUAGAAAAAAAUACUUCAAUUGUAGAAAAUGACAUUUUGACCAUGAUUAAACUUCGAUCGAGUCUACUUAAGUCCUAAUUGGAUAAGAGUGAGUCAUCCAGACUACCCAAACUUAGAACCAUAGUAAUCAAUCACAAAAGGGCUUCCAAGGGCAAACGGAUAAUGAUCUCCCAAAUCGAGGAAGAAGAAGUAGAUCAAAGUGUUAUCCAUCCCAUUAAUAGAUUGAAACUCAUUGAUAAAAAUCAGUUUUUUAAGAUCUGGAACAAUCAUCUCCCUGGAAUAAUUUAAGACCUCUUCAAAAACUUGAAUGAUUAUUAUUAUUAAUGAGUACAGAGACGACUGAAUUUAUUCCUAAAAGAAUGGCUGUUGCUGUGGCCAUCCUCAUCUUAUUCGUACUCCACUAUGUUACUCUCCUUAUUAAUGCAUUCUUAAAAGGCCCAGAUCAAAAGGAGUACAUCAACAGAAGAGUGUUCCUAUUCGGAAUUGCAGGUCUGCUAAUCAUUCUAUCAAUCAUUUAGGUUUGUUAAGUAUGUCCACCAUUCAAAGCAGUGUGUUUUCAGCUAUACUUGCUUGGCUAACCUUUGUCCCCCUGGCUGUAUUACAUUUGAGCAUUUAUGAAAAAUUUCAAAAUUUGAACAAUCACAAAGACACUCUCUGGCUGGCAUACUAUGGGUUACAAUUUGUUUGGUUCCUAGGAAUUAUCAUAGACUUCUAUUCAUGAUGCAUAUAUUUAAUCAUUUAUCAAUUCUAU